GAUGGACGUCUGAGGCCUGGAGAUCAGCUCAUUGCCAUCAACAAAGAGUCCUUGAUAGGUGUGACCCAUGAGGAGGCAAAAAGUAUGCUAAACAAAGUUAAAUUCAGCCAAGACAUUACGGUUGAAAUUGCCUUCAUCCCUGGUAAAGGACUUUUCCCAAGUAGCACAUCUCUGCACAAUGGAGUUCAGCGAGCUGCAGGCAACAACUCUGGACGCCUAAAAGUCCACAUCAGAUCACCAGAGAUCUUUGCUGAGGAGCCAGCUCCAGUGUCCUCGCCCUCUCCUGAUAUCUGUCCUCCAGAUAUUCAUGUUUCAGGUUCUCACAGCCAGAGGUCGCCAACAAGAGCAAAACCAAGGAUAACGCUGGACCCCUACAUACGCCUCAAAUCUGAUAAGUUAGACUUGGCCCUGUCCUUCCUUGGCUUGGACGUCAGCGAAGAAAAAAGGAAGAAGCUGAGGCAGAGUCUCGCCCCAGAUCCACAAGGCACUGUGGCYUAUGGAGAUUUUGAGGAAGCUUCCCGAAACACAUUUCAGCAGGAARUGGAGAGUCUGGGUUUGGGCGCGGACCCCUUUACUUUCUCCUAUCAUGAAGCAGCCAGUCUUAUGGACACAUCAGCCUUUCACUCACCUACAUAUGACUCAGAAUGCAGCUACAGCAGUGAGGAGAUGGAGCAGUUUCAAACAGAGGUGAAACAGCUGCAGACCCAGAUGAAGCAGCUCAAGGUGAUGCUUAAGGACAUGGAGCACAGCAAGAAAACCCUUGAAGAGGAGCUGCAGAAGACAUCAGAGAAAGCCUGUUUGACUGUGGAGGAGAACACCCGACUAAAGAACCGCCUGCAGGCAGCUGAGGCAGAGGCAGUGCAGAGGCAAACCAGCGGUGCUGAGCAGGACUAUGAGGAGGUUAUCCAACUGCUUGAGGCUGAGAUAAGAGAUCUGAAGAACCAGCUGGCUGGGAAGAGGCAGGCACAUGGAGCAGAUGGCACCAAGAACGUCCACAAAGCCAUGACUACACCCAGUUUUUUUGGUGGGGAGGGCAGGAGCAAUAGAUUGUCUCCAGCCACAGAGAGUUCUGAUGCUCUCUUACCACUUCCUGACUCUGCCUUCCAUCGGGCUGUGGAGGCCAAAGAGCUUGUCGCGGGGGCGUGUACUAUUGCUACUGAUGACAAAGCUUCAGAUGCUGUCUCAUGUGUCGGACCUCAUCACGCGUGAGCCACAAAGGACUAAUCGAGGAUCUGCCCCAUCAAUGAACAGGCUGUAUGAGCUGCUGAUCCAGUCAACAGCGAGUUACGACUCCACUCCAGCACAACUCACAUAUCAACAAAAAUCCAGACACAAAAAAUCUUGUAACUUUUCCAGCAGGUGGAGUUGAAGGCACUGCAUGACCGAGUGCUUGACACACACACACACACUGCUGAAACUCAUGUUCCUGAUGUCUUUUGUAAAUCUGCAUACUUGCACACAAAUCAGUGCACUGCAUGUGAAGAAGGGCUUCUUUGCUUAGAUGGGACAAACCUGAGCUGAACAGUCCAGAUAUAUCUCAUAAUACCUUGCUGCCAUCCAUCUGUUCCACAUUAUGGUUUAUCACCUGUGGGAAAAAACUGUCCUUUUAAGCCAUUUUUUUUCCAUUUUCCAGUCUCAACACUACUCUACGUUGGUCUACAAUCUCGGUGGUCCUUGGUAUAACUUGAGCGCUGUCUCGAUGUAGGUGGGACUUUCAUGGUGUGGCCACCCAAAUCGUCUYAAACAUUAUUUGUUUUUUAUCCAAGGCAAACGCAACGCAGCAAUGGGCAAAAAAUAAAAAUCACAACAAACUCCUCAUCCUUAGCCGUACUUUUCAGAAAWCCUGUGGCGGAGUCAAGGCCUUUCCUCCGCCGGUCGGAGCCGUAAAUUGAGURCGUUUGGUCUAGCUCCUUCUGAAUUCUGUUUUUAGCCAACAAGCAUGAAGCAUCUUCCUCGUAGUACCACAGUGUUGGUUUACGUGUUGCCAUUUUAAUGGAUAUGUUACAUAUUUUAAAGAAGGAAUUCUGCGGUCAUUUUUAAAAAUGGUGGGUUUGUUUUUUUGUAAAGGAGAUGCUCUCAUGAUUGCUUGCUUUCUGGGCGAUUAAUGGCCUGCAGUCUGCUAAAGUCAAAUCCUCAGCUCGACUUGGAAUCUCAGUUGAGUAGGUCCUAAGAAAUGUGCUGGGAGUGGGUGGGAUCACCCGAUGGAAAGACUUAGAAGCCGUGCAGAGUCAGGCCAAGCCCAUGAAAAAAUGACCAUUAUGGAUACGGUAUCGCUCUUUGUGCUCUUUUGCAUUAAAUUUGCAAGAAUCYUGGAACUAAACAAUGAGAAACAUCUGCAGCUUCACAUCACUGAGCACUUCAUGCUGAUGCGUCUCCUGCUGUUAGAGGAGUGGCUUUCUGUCGCCAGAAAACCUGCUGUGUGCGCUUGGGUUUGGUACUCCUCAGCAGACAUCAGGCAAAGGUUACACAAGGAACUCGUUUCAUUUCUGCAAAUACGUUCAAAACUUGUCAUAUGUUGUGUAAUUGAACCAGAUUGCAUAUUUAAUGUGUGGCCUCAUAUUCUUUGUUCUGUUUUGUAAUAAAAGAAGAACCGAUUACUGGA